CGAACUUCAUGUUGAUGAGCACGGUAAAGGUCCUAUUCCCAUAUCGACUGGAUGCAACUGCAAAAGAAGAGUUUUUUGAUUGGAUAACACACAGUGUUAAAUUUCCAGACGGUUAUGCAUCAAGUUUGCGUAAUUGUGUUGACAAAAGUGAAGGGAAGUUUACUGGCUUGAAGAGCCAUGAUUGUCAUGUAAUGAUGCAGCGCCUCCUUCCUUUUGCGUUUUCCGCACUAUUGCCACGAAAUGUCCACGAAGCAAUCGCAGGGAUAAGUGCUUUCUUCCGUGAUUUAUGCUCGAGAUCACUCACAUCAGAUGGUAUUCGCAAUUUGGAAGUUAAAAUACCGGUGAUCCUUUGCAACCUCGAGAAGAUAUUUCCUCCAUCAUUUUUUGAUGUUAUGGAGCAUCUUGCUAUUCAUCUUGCGAGAGAAGCGGCACUCGGUGGUCCCGUGCAGUACAGGUGGAUGUAUUUGUACGAACGGUUUAUGUUUCAUCUGAAGAAGAAGGUCAAGAAUUUAAGCAAGGUGGAGGGAUCAAUAGUGUCUCAGUGCAUCAAUGAGGAAACCUCAAACUUUGCUGAAUACUACUUUCCAUCAGAAGUUCGAACAAAAAGUCGAAGACCUGCACGGCAUGAUGAUAGAGGUGAAAGGGCAACUUAUUAUGUUUAUGUGCCAAACAUGUUUACACAAAUUGGACGACAUAGUGGAAAGUCAACGGACCGGAUACUUACAGUGGCUGAGCAUGCUCAUUUGCACACAUAUUUGCUUACAAACUGCGAAGACAUUCUUGAAUAUGAGAGUAUUUACUUGGCAGAGAUGCGCUUAAAGUACCCGGAUGCGACCGAAGAACAACUCGAACAACUCAAGCAAAACAACUUUGCAACAUGGCUUUCUGAUUAUGUAAGCCAUUGUUUAGCUACUGGGCACCCACCUAAAGAUUGGUUACGUGAGAUAGUUUGUGGUCCAAAGUUUGUUGCGAAGUCAUAUCCGAGAUAUUGCACUCGAGGAUAUGCAUUCAGAGUUCUUAAGGAAAAUACUGUAAGGAGAACAGUUGAUUGUGGGGUUUCUUCGUCAUCCGGAGACGAUGUGUACUACGGUAACGUACGCGAGAUUUUGGAAAUUCAGUACCCGGGAAUGAUUGGCAUGAGAUGUAUUGUCUUCAACUGUGAGUGGUACGACAACGUUGUUGGUCGCGGAGUAAGCACUGACGCAUUCGGUGUUACAUCUGUACAUUCGCGACGACGACUGGAUUUUUACGAUCCAUUCAUUCUUGCUUCACAAGCUGACCAGGUUUGCUAUAUUCGUUAUCCGCGGAUUAGGCAAAGGAACGAUCCUUGGAUCGUUGUCAUGUCAAUAAAUCCCAGAAGCCGAGUACAAGGAGUAUUUGAUCCACUACAACAACAAUUAACCGAAGAGGACGGCGAGAUUGGAGAGUUUGACGAAGACGAUUCAGAUUCAUCAUGUUCAUCAUCAGAUAAUUCCUCAGAUGCAGAGUAGAUACUCUUUUAUGAAUGUAUAUGCAAAUUACUUUUAAACAUUGUAGAUUUCUUCUAAAAACAAAUUAUGGGUUUGAAACGUUGUAUACUUUAAAAUUAAAAAAAUAAAUUAGAUUUGUUGA